AUGACUGAGAAUUUGGAUUGCAGAAUUUCCAGUGACUUGAGGCUGCAUCACCCUCAGAAGGCAGAUGCAAUGCAGCAACAGAUUUUGGCAAAGAGUUGGGGAAUGAAAGCGAUUCCCCAAUUGAUUCUCAAGCUUCAGGACCCCAAAUUCAGGGAAUCUGCUCUUCACUUGCUUAGUUCUUUUCUUUUCCAGGAGGUGCUCUUGAUCUACAGGAUGAUGGCUGAUGGAAGUCUAAAUGAGAGAGCAUGCAUGCGCCUUAUCAAUGUCAUUAUACUAUUCCAGUUUGUUAGUUCAGCCUGCAUUGUUAACUUCUUGGUACCCUUACUACUGUUCGCAUCCACACUGGAGGUGUAUGACAAUGUGAGAGCUGUUGCCUCGUCAGUGUUUGGCAUUUUAUGCCAGGCAAGAGAAUCCAGUGCUGUCCAAUGGGCUAUUGAAAAUGUGGUGGUGGAAGGAUGCUUAAUUAGCGUGGACACUGGAAACGAACUCACAAAAGUGAUUGGACUUCACAUUGUUGAAUCCAUACUUUGGGUUGACUUUGGAAUAUCGUACAUUUUCAGUCCUGCAGCAGAUCAUCUGUUGAAUAGACUGAUGAGAACAUGGGAUACUUUGGUAAAUCAGAUAGCUGUUGUCCAUGACUUCCCUCCUCGAAUCCUCUUUCCUACAUCCGGUGCUACACUCUUAUGUCAUGAUGAAAGGGGACACAAUCUUGUGAAGCAGUCACUUCCUGAAUCCUUCAUCAAUGGCACUUUUCAUGAAAGCCUGAAGGAGUUUCCCGUAAUUCAUAGAUUGCUUUCACAACUACCACUGAUCGCCGGUAUAAAUGACUCACGAGCGGCUCCUUCAGUUCACGAGAUCUCAUCAUUCAGAAACGAAACAGGACUAAUGGUGUCGAGUGUUUCCCGAAGCUGCUGCAUUUCGGCGUUCGGGUGCUAUAUUGCAUAA